AUGCAUUCUUCAUACCUUUGUCCAGCAUCGAUACGAACCUUUCUCAUCGCAGCAUUCCUCCUCAUCCACUCCGUAUUCGCCUUCACCGUCACCAUCUCUGAAAAGGAUGAACUGCGGCAAACCUGCUCCGGCAUGAUCGCCGGAGACGACAGUCACAUCGACGCCAUCUUCCACAAAGGCUCAGUGGGUACUGUCGCAACCAUGUUCUACGAAUUUGCUGAUUUCGACAAGCUCGGCAAGGAGUCUAACGAGAGAGAUGCGUUUGGCUAUCAGCUCAAGACCUAUAUAUGCACGGCCAAGGCGGUGCAGCAGAGCUUGUGUACUAAGGAGCAGCUGGGUAAUUUCAUUGUUGAUGAGAGUAAGGGCAAGGCGAGUACGGUUCAGGUGCAAAGGGUGGACUUUGGUGCGACCGGGUCGGAUAACGAGAUUACGCUGAGGUAUAACGUGACAAAGACACCCAAUUCUUCGUCCUACUACUGCUUUGGUGCGACUGAGGUCCCACUCGCUUCACUAGAAUCCGAUGCAAGCGGCAAUGACCUCGCCGUACAUGCCGCUUUCACUGGUCGAGUCGAAUUCUUCAACAACUUCAAAGGCAACCUUCCCGCAGCCGAGUACCCCAAGCUUAACUUCUACUUUGCCCUCACCAUCGCAUAUAUUGUCCUCGGAGGUUGGUGGCUAUCCCUCUGCAUCAAGCACAAAGACGAGCUUCUCACCGUCCAGUACUUCAUCUCUGGUACCAUCGCUUUCCUCGUUGUCGAAAUGGCGGCUCAAUGGGUGUACUACCACUACCUCAACAACCACCUCAUCGACUUUUUCCAUAUUCGAGAGGUGAACGGGAACACUGGAGUCACAGCUGUCGCGCGGUUCCUCUUGGUGUUGACGAGCAUUCUAGAUGCGGGAAGGAACUCGGUUUCGUUCUUUCUGCUCUUGAUCGUCGCUAUGGGUUAUGGUGUCAUUAGGCCUUCAAUCGGACCAAUGAUGACAAGGGUCAGGCUGUUGACUGCAGCACACUUUGUAUUUGGUGUGCUCUACUCGAUCGGGAUAGUGUUGAUUCAGUUGGACCAGGGUGGAGGAUGGAUUUUUGCUUUCAUCUUCCCUUUGGCGUUGACAUUGACGACGUUCUUGACUUGGAUCAUGAACUCGUUGCAACACAGUAUUGAGUAUUUGACGCAGAGAAAGCAGACUUUUAAGAAGGGAAUGUUUGUCAAGUUGCAUAGGAUUUUGCUUGCGGCUGUGGUCAUUAUCUUUGUGUUCUUUAUCAUCUCCUGCUACGCCUUUUCUCAAUCCGGUGGAGAAGGCUUCGCUCCCAACACAUGGCGCUAUCGGUGGUUCCUUCUCGACGGCUGGCUUGCGUUGCUAUAUCUGACCGUCUUUACAGCCAUCGCAUGGGUUUGGAGACCUACAGGAAGCAAUAUGAGGUUGGCAAUGUCGGACGAGUUGGCGACGGAAGAUGAUCCCACAGCGGAGGGUUACGAAGUGGAUACAUUUGCUGCAAGAGGUCCAGAUGGACCAGAUAGUGACGAUGAAGAUGAUUUGGAGGCUAAGAAGACGAGUCAGGGCAAUACAGGGGGUGUGGGAGGGUCGAGAGGAAGGGUAGGGCAGGAUGAAGUCGUGUUCGAGAUCGGUGAUGAGGAUGAUGAGGCUGAUCAAAGCACGAAUAGGGGGAUGGGAGGUAGUGGUGGGAGGGGGGAGAGACAAGGAUUGAUGAGAGCGAGUGCAAAUAAUUCGGAGGAGACGCUGGUGCCGCCUGGUAAGAGGGCUGAUAAGAAUGAUUGA